UUAUGUCCGACAGCUUCAUUCAUUAUUUUUAGCCACAAAGUUCGUUGGGAAACCCAUUUAAAUUUGCGCAUUGUGGCUUUCUUUUUUAAAAGGUUUUCGUGAGCUUGAAGAGUACCAUUUUCUAUCAAUGUCGACAGAUUCAAUAACCUCCUAUCUAAAGUCGUAAAUAAUAUUAAUCGUGCAUAUUCGGCGAGCUUUUAAAAGCAGUAGCCAACGUGGGGGUGCCAUUUUUUGGCCAAAUAUGUUGUCGAAUCAAGAUCUCAGCCUGAGUUUAAUCGUUAUCCUGACUGUAACUACGGUUGGUCAGGCCGCGCCUCCCAUAUCAAGGGUGGUCAAUGGUACGGACUCCAGUGUGCUGAAAUAUCCUUUCGUGGUAUCCCUAAGGAGCUACGAUGGCGCGCAUUCCUGCGGUGGUUCUAUUAUUUCGAAACAUUUUGUGAUGACCGCUGCUCAUUGCACCAAUGGUCGGCCUGCGGAUACCCUAUCCAUUCAGUUUGGAGUGACCAAUAUUAGUGCCAUGGGUCCGAAUGUGGAUCCUACUCGCCAAAAUGCCAAUGACAUCUCGCUGCUAAUGGUGGAGGAACCUUUUGAGUUCGAUGGCGUCUCUGUGGCUCCGGUGGAAUUGCCAGCUCUGGCUUCUGCUGUGCCUCAAUCGGAUGCUGGAGUCGAGGGAGUGCUCAUCGGUUGGGGUCUCAAUGAUACCUAUGGAAGUGUCCAGGACACCCUACAGGAGGUUUCCCUGAAGAUUUACUCGGAUGCAGAGUGCACCAGCCGGCACAAUGGCCAAACGGAUCCCAAAUAUCACAUCUGCGGAGGAGUAGACGAAGGAGGAAAGGGUCAGUGCAGCGGGGAUUCCGGUGGACCCCUCAUCUACAAUGGCCAGCAGGUGGGCAUCGUGUCGUGGAGCAUGAAACCCUGCACCGUGGCUCCCUAUCCGGGUGUCUACUGUAAGGUUAGCCAGUACGUUGACUGGAUCAAAAGCAACCAAGCCAUAUCGGCUUAGUCACAAAGUACAUUGUUCAAUAAAUUGAAAAUUAAACCACUUAAUAAAAAUCAGAUU